AUGGAUACUGAGUCAUGGGAAGUGCUCGUGCACAAGAAGCAACUCGAAGAUGCUGCUAAGAUCCCAACUGAAUGGCGAAUUCCAGAAGAACUGACCAAGGUAUCCGAAACUUCUGGCUUGAAUGUGCUAGAUGUCCCACGCCAGUCGGGAAUAUUGUCAGCAAAGCAACUCGAGAUAACCGAGAACUAUGAUGCAACUGAUCUGUUAGGCAAGAUCCAUCGUCAAGAGCUGUCUUCCUUUGAGGUCACUGAAGCAUUUUGCAUUCGCGCUGCGAUUGCGCAGCAGGUGACUCGAUGUCUCACUGAGACUUUCUUUGAGCGUGCCUUGCAGCGCGCAAAGUAUUUAGAUGAGAUUCUGUUCAAAACAGGGACACCUGUUGGUCCUCUGCAUGGCUUGCCCAUCAGUUUCAAGGAUUGCUUCAACAUUGAUGGUAUUCCGUCUACGAUUGGAUUUACCUCGUUUAUCAAGAAUGGGCCUGCCAGUUCAAAUUCUCCUGCGGUUCAGAUUUUGCUCAACUUGGGAGCCAUCCCGUAUGUGAAGACAAAUGUUCCCCAGACAAUGAUGGCCGCUGAUUCGCAUAACUACGUGUUUGGCCGGACACUCAAUCCUCAUCGAUCGAACCUUACCGCUGGCGGGUCGACUGGGGGAGAAGGGGCUUUAAUUGCUAUGAGAGGAUCGGUGCUGGGUGUUGGUACAGACAUAGCUGGCUCGAUUCGAAUCCCAGCUAUCUGCAAUGGGAUCUACGCAUUGCGACCUUCCGCGGAUCGCAUUCCAUAUGGGGGACAGACUAGCUCUGCUCGCAGGGGGCUGGCCGGAAUCAAGGCUUGCGCAGGGCCCUUGGCAACAUCAGUCAGAGAUCUGGAGCUGUUCAUGAACCUUGUGACUAAUGCUGACCCGUGGCAAUUUGAUUCUUCCGCUUUGUUUUCUCCAUGGCGCACCGUUCCGGCCAAGUCCACCCUUCGGCUUGGGCUCAUCCAGGAGGAUGCCCAUUUCCCUCUGCAUCCCCCAGUUUUGCGAACUCUUAAAAAUGCAAUCGAAAAGCUUGAAGAAGCUGGGAAUGAGAUUUUUCCUCUAAAUACCCUGCUUAUUCGAGAUGUCUGUGCAUUGGCAUUUCGCAUGUUCUCGAUGGACCCAGGUCGGACCCCGUUCAAGCACAUCGCUGCCAGUGGGGAACCAAUCAUCCCUGCGUUGGCCUCGACAUCUCUGUACCAUAGCCACAUGCCAUAUGGAUAUGCCCCAUUAACACUUGAAGGAUUGUAUGACCUCAAUGAGGAGCGCAACCGCAUCAAGGAAGAGUUCCGCAAUCUCACUGUGCAGGCAAAAGUGGAUGCCAUUAUCAUGCCCGGCUACCAAGGUACCGCUCAACCUCAUGAUCUGUUUGGCUUUGUACCCUACACCGUCCUUUGGAAUGUCAUGGAUUACCCGAGCUGUAUCAUUCCGCAUGGCAAGGCGAACAAGACCGCCGACAAAGCAUUCAUUCGGAGUGUGGAUUACAGACCUCCCUAUGUUGCUGAUGACAUCGAGGGAGCUCCGUGCUGCGUGCAGCUCGUUGGCCGGAACAUGCAUGACGAGGAAUUGCUGAAAGUGGCGGAACUUGUGUCCAAGACACUCGAGCAUUGA